AUGGCUCAAUUCACAGCGCAAGGUCGUUUAAAGUUGUUUUUCAAUGGUGAUGGAGCGUCAUUUGGUGUGGAAACAAGAGACCCUUUUCACAACAAGUUUCGAACUUUAAGAUCAAUUCAAGCUCACAGGAGAAGGCUCAGGUUUCUUAAGUCUACCACAAGAGUUGACUCUUCUUUCAGUGAGAAGAAAUCGAGACUGUUCAAUGUAGAGGCGAGUAUUAAUUUGAGUGAUGCAGGGAUUCAUGAUGAAAGCGAAGAGUAUGACGGUGAUUUUGAGACUGAUGACUUGGCUUGUUUUAGAGGACUGGUUUUGGAUAUCUCUUAUAGGCAAGUUGUUUCUGGAACUUACUUCAUGCCUUAA